AUGGGGUAUAUAGAUCAUAUAAAAGGCAUGAGACGCCUCUCCAUGACUCUUCAUCCUCCAGAGCCGGUUUUGUCGUCGGACGAUGAAGCCUUUUUACAGAAACUUGCCGCGGAAUCUUCCAGUGGCAAUGGACAGGCGGGUGCUGCGGAGAUGGAAUUGGGCGAAGAACUGAACAAGAGAAGAGGAGAAGCUGAGGCGGAACAGAAAGCCCCAGCUGCGGCUUUGAACGAGACGCGAAGGCCGAGUAUCUCGGGAUUAGUGAGGACGUGGACUUGGGUGCGGACGAGGAGUAUCUACAGGAAGAAAGAUGUCACACCCCCCGGCAAGAGCUCCACGAAUGGCCGCGAUGAGGACAUGACGGAAGUCCUUGAUCGACUGAACCUAGCAGCGGUGAAUAACCGCGCCUUUUCCAUCAGCAACGAGACGCAGGAACUCCUGUGGAAGUUCAAACUCGUCUUGAAGGACCUUGUUAAUGGCGUUCCGACCGCCUACAAGGACCUGGAGAUCCUUCUCCGUAACAGCGACAAGCAACUACAGCAGACGUACUCGAAACUGCCCGGAUUCCUGAGAAAACUGAUUGAGAAGCUUCCCGAGAAAUGGAUGCAGGGACUGGCGCCUGAAGCCGUAGCGGCUGCCAGCGAAUUAGCUGGAAGCAGCAGUGGCAAUGACCAAGCCACAGCAACCGCUCAAGGCACGAAGUUGAAGCUACCCAGCUUGCGGGAACUUGUUGAAAAGCCGGCGGCCAUCACGGCAAUGCUACGGUCGAUCAAGGCAUUUCUGAAAGCUCGGUUCCCAGCCGCUAUGGGGAUGAAUGUGCUUUGGUCAUUGGCAUUGUUCACUCUUCUAUUCGUCCUGUGGUAUUGCUAUAAACGGGGCCGCGAGGAGCGCCUUCAGACAGAGACCAACCGGCUGGUACCGCAGGAAGAGAGCAGGGCGACAAAUGAACCACCUCGGGAAGAAAGUGGUGGUGAUCAAAUCCGCCCACAGCCCGAAACGGAGACAGAAACGGAUGAAGUACAGCCAUUGGCAUCAACGCUGGCCACGAUGAAAGGAACAGAUCAAUCAGACAAUGGUCUGAACAAGACGACCGAUAAUAUCCAUGCUGCAGUGCCGGUGCCGCAGCGGAUGAGGUCACGACUCGCUCGAUGGUCCAGGACGACGCGGAAGCCGUCGACGGUGAAGAUCGAGCCGUAUCCAGGAACGUAG